UUAACAGAUAGAAUAAAUUUGACGCAUAAUUUGACAUUUCAUUUCAAUUCCCUUCGCAAAUAUCUAAGAUGAGUAAUAAUAGCGCUCCCAUUACAAUGAACAAGCUCUACAUAGGAAAUUUGCCAACCAAUGUCGAUGAGAAUCAAAUCAAGCACCUAUUUGACCAACAAAGUUUAGCUUAUAACAAUAUUCUCGUUAAACGCGGCGGAUUCGCAUUUGUUGAUUGUCCGGAUCAAUCGGCAGCUGACAAAGCCAUUGACAAACUAAAUGGAUUUAAUUUCAACGGGUCUGUUUUAAAUGUUGAGCCUUCCGUUGGGUCCAUCAAGAAAAGGACUAAUCCAGAACUCAAUGAUGCACCAAUACAUAUACAUUACUCGAACGGCAGAAUGAGAGAGGGACGUCGGAAAAUGUAAUAUGUUGCAAAUUUUUAUUAUUGUUUAUGAUAAAACUAUUAUAAUGUACCAUAGACAUAUAUAUUAUUAAUAAACAGAUUUAGCAAAAUGUAAUAAUUAUUUAA